GAAGUCCAUCCCUCGAUUUUUAUUGAACUACACCUCUGAUAUCCAGGUAGAUCUAGUUUGCCCUCUCAGUUUCUGGCGAACAAGCCUAAUAUCUUUCAGGUCGUAUACAUAACUGCCCAGACAGCUCAGGAACGUGCUAGAGGUGAAGUGCCCCUUGGACCGGGUGGUUCAUCUGCAGUACAAAAAACGCGACUCUCCUUCUCUGCGCUAGGUUGUGUCAGGCUUUUUUUACCUCUUAAUUGCUCUCUUUGUCGCGUCAGAGUUCCUCAUGGUUUCUUUCUCCUUCCUCGCCGAGGUAGUUCUCCUCGUUGCCUCAUGUUUCAUCUCCGCCGUGGCUGGCGAUGCUAGCUAUGUCGCCGUCGAGAAACUCCAAAACGCCCCAGUUGGCUGGAUAAAGGGCCCCGCUGCACCUCCGUCAAAGAUGAUGAAGUUUCACAUAGCAGUCCGCCCGGAGAGGGCUGCCGAAUUCGAACUGAUGGUACUUGAUAUGUCGACGCCCGGCCACCCCAAUUAUGGUCAACAUAUGAAACGUGAUGAGGUCAGGGAUUUCAUUCGCCCUUCAGAUUACACAAUGGAGCAGGUUCUAUCUUGGCUGGAUUCGGAAAAUGUACCCAAGGAGUCCAUGAAGAUUCGUGGGAACUGGGUCGAAGUUACGAUGCCCGUAUCCCAAGCGGAGUCGUUGAUGAAGACUAGGUUCUAUAGGUAUACCCACAGAGGAACUCGCAGAAACACAAUCAGGACACUCGAUUACUCGGUACCACGAGAGAUGCACCCAUAUAUUCAAACAAUCCAACCGACCACUCAUUUUGAACAGCCUAACACACAGGUGAUCCACCCAACUUUCCGGCCAAUUUCUAUGGCUCCUUCAUCGUCACAUCGCGAGCCAGUAGUGGACUGCUCGAGCCAAGUGACUCCUGGUUGUCUCCGGCAGCUUUAUGGCCUCUACGAUACGGAAGCCAGUCCUGAUCCUCGCAACCGGCUUGGUAUAUCCGGCUACUUGGAUCAGUAUGCACGCUACAGCGAUUUCCACAAGUUCAUGGGUAUGUUCGCGCCGAACAGGACAGACGCCAACUUCACAGUCGAGACCAUCAACGGGGGUCUCAACAUCCAGAACUCAUCGAUUGGUAGCACCGAAGCCAGUUUGGAUGUUCAAUACGCGAUAGCUCUUGCAUACAACCCGUUAACAACCUACUACACCACAGGAGGUCGGGGGCCAGUCAUCCCGGAGGCUGGCGAGUCAGGAGAAAGCGAAUCUACCAAUGAGCCGUACCUCGAACAACUUCAUUAUCUACUCGAUCUCUCGGACGACGAGCUCCCUGCGGUUCUGUCGACCUCGUAUGGUGAGAACGAGCAGAGCGUUCCCGAGUCCUACUCCGAAGCGUCCUGCCAUCUAUUCGCCCAGCUUGGUGCACGCGGUGUCUCCGUUCUCUUCAGUAGUGGCGAUGAUGGUGUUGGCAGAUCAUGCUUAACAAACGAUGGUACCAACAGGACCAGAUUCCAGCCCAUAUUUCCGGCCUCAUGCCCAUUCGUCACCUCAGUCGGUGGGACAUAUAAGACCGACCCCGAGAUCGCCGUAGACUUCUCCGGAGGGGGCUUCUCAGACCGAUUCAAGCGCCCGGCGUAUCAAGAAGCAAGUGUUGGUGGUUAUUUGGAAAAACUUGGCAAGAAGUGGGAGGGACUGUACAACCCUGAAGGAAGAGGAAUCCCCGAUGUUGCCGCACAAGCACUCAACUAUAUCAUUGUCGACCAUGAUGAAACGUAUGAAAUUGGAGGCACCAGUGCAUCUGCGCCCACUUUUGCAGCAAUCGUGUCGCGACUCAACGCAGAAAGAUUGAAGGACGGUAAUCCAAGACUCGGUUUUCUCAACCCCUGGCUCUACUCUUUGAACCAAACUGGCUUCACGGAUAUCGUCGAUGGACAUUCCUCUGGUUGUGCGAGCUCGAACAUUGGAGGUCCAAAUGGGUAUGCUACCUGGAACGCAACGACUGGGUGGGACCCUGUCACAGGAUUGGGCACUCCUUUUUACAAUACCUUGGUAAAAGUGGCAAGAGAGCUGGCAGCGUUCCCCCGGCCACUCCGAUUAUUAUCUCAAGCGUUGCUUCUUGGCGGGCUCGUUUUUAUCGCAUGCCAAACAGCCCUUAAGCUUCACACUCAGUUAAACGAGCCACCGCCGAAAACACUUCGCCCUGAUCAGCUGUGCAAGUCGGGCAAACCUCAACAAGGAAAUGAAGUCCAACAAUACGGAACCCUUUCCGCACCGGUUUGCCAGACAUUCCCUGCCGCUGCCUUCGCAGAAGAUGGGAUCCAAGUGGUUUUAAAAAUUGGCGCAGCCGAGGCCGACAGGCUGAUGACCUCGCAUGUCAACGGCUCAACAUCAUGUAUACCGAAUCUUUUGGUGGUGUCCGAUAUAAGCCAGACGCUUGGCCCAUUUCAUGCCCACGACGUGCUGGCGGAUGUGAUCCACAUUCUAUCGGAGGGGGACCGACAGAUUUACCAGUACCAGCGAGAGUCUUAUUACUAUUGGAGCACGGGACUGGAGCCUAAUCAGGCGGCGCGGAACCUGGACCGAUAUAAGUUCCUUGCCAUGGUUGAAUAUGCCUAUGCCCAGAAUCCGAAUGCGAAAUGGUACGUGUUUACGGAAACGGAUACAACGGUGCUUUGGGAAAACAUGGUACAGCUUCUAGAACGGUUCAACUGGGCUGAUCCCAUAUAUAUUGGAUCUCCCAGUCCGGGUAGACGAUGGGAAUCAUAUUUUGAGUCGCAGCCUACAUUUUUUGUCUACGGUGGAUCUGGAAUAGUACUUUCUGUCACUGCGAUAGAGAAGCUACUGCAGGGAAGUCGAAGGGGAAGUGGUGAUAUCGCAUCCCGGCUUUUGAUCAACAAGUACCAGCAAUUAGUCCGAGAUGACUGCUGCGGAGAUUCAGUAUUGGGUUAUGUUUCGUUUCAGGAAGGCGUCAAGAUACAAGGGCAGUGGCCAAUGUUCAACCCUCACCCCCUUCAUAAAACUCCUUUAAGUAAAGCUUAUUGGUGUCAGCCCGCCAUCAGCUUCCAUAAGAGCGACCCUAUCGCCGCGAGGGAACUCUGGGACUGGGAACAAAAGUUGCGACAGGAGAGAGGGCCGGACCAGCAGCAGCGCCCGAUCUUAUACCGCGACAUCGUCGAUUUCUUCGAUUUUUCAUCCACCCCCGUCCGAAACGACUGGAAUAACGUCGAAUUGGAUGCCUUCGAUGCACCCACAGAAGAAGCCCACAAAUCCUUCGAUUCCUGCAAAGAAGCAUGCCAAAAUCACCCGGAGUGCUUCCAAUUCACCCACUACCGGAAGCAGUGCCGUAUGUCGAAUAUCAUCAAUUUUGGAAUUCCUGCGCCGCCAAGCAAGUCCGACAUGACCGACAGUGUGCAUUCAGUAGCGGGCUGGGAUGUGGACAAGAUCCAGAACUUCAAAACCAAUCAUGACUGUAGUGAGGUGGAAUGGCCAGAGCCAAGCAUAGAGCGUAUAUACUAACUUAAUGUACAUAAUCAUUUUCCGCACGUACGGAGUACGAUUUUACGAAAACAGAUCACGUCCAGUGUUAUGAUAUUUUGGCAAGCCAAUGUUGACGUUUAAUGAUCAUCGGUAUAAAGUGUAGUUAAAU